AUGAGCCGAAGGCUCUGGUGGUCACUUAUUCUUUUCGACACUCGAAUUGGAGAGAUGGCCGAUUUCCAAGCAACAUCAUUACUUCCCAUGUGGGACUGCAGAGUCCCUUUAAACGUCAAUGACUCGGAACUCCGACUUGAGAUGAAAGAACCUCCACGGGUACAAGGGAACUCGACUGACGCACUUUUCACUGUUGUGCGUAGUGAGCUUGGGGACUUCGUUCGCCACACUAUGUUCCAUCUUGGCUAUUACGGCCCAUCUCUGAAGCCCGCUGACGGAGAUGUACUGCGCUGCGCUGGAACAGAAGGUGGGGAAACGGACCGCUUUGAAAAGGCAAUCGAGGCCAAGUACCUCAACUUCUGCAACCCCGAUGACCCACUUCAAUUCUUGACUAUUUGGACGACACGUGGACACAUUGCAAAGUUUCGUCUCAUGGAACACCAUUCGCGGUAUGCUGGCUCACCGCUACACCAGGCUGAGCCUCAACGGGAAGCCGCCCUUUCUUACGCACUUAGCAUGCUCGAAUGUAAUACAAAACUUGUGACCUCCCCCCUUACGAAAGGAUCCCUCUGGAUGGUGAAUUCCUACUUUCCUUUCGUUGGAUAUAUUCAAGCGGACUUACUAUCUGGAGGGUCUCGCUUCUUCGAAUUGUUAGCAAAAUUUGUUUUCCAGGCUUGGGAGGCCCGCGAGGCUGCUUUCAAAGAGUUGCGAACCUCAUCAGAGACGCCUCAGAUCGUGUUAUCUAUCAGACAGCGCUUGAUUAGUGCUCAGCAACCGCAUGAUGCCAUGGACAUGGGAUCGACAGACUCUCUCAUGUCCACGACCAUGGACCGUGAUGUUUACAACCCCAUUCCUAACAUGGGCGUGCAUGAUGCCUAUGCAUUUCCAGGGUUAGAGCCAUGCGCUGAUUUAUCUGGCCCAUCUCUACAAGAUUUUCCGAUGGAUUACGUGGACUGGUUAACCAUGAAUUGGGACAUGGGAAAUGCUUCAAUCAGCGGCACAGGUUCAUCUAGAGCUCCAGAGCAGCAAGCGCAGAACGAUCCGAAUUAA